AUGCGCGAAGAAAACAACAUACAACAAGAACAAACACAACAUGAACAACGUCGUCAAUGGCAUGACGUCAACCGAAACUUCAGAUCAACAACUGCACGCAGCGUUAAUUCGCCCUCCUACGAUAAGCUGAUCCCGGUUCUGAAGUACACCAAGGAAUGCAGUGAAGGAACCUGCGCCGUUUGUUUGUGUGAAUUUACCGACGGCGAGGAAAUCCGUGUGCUGCCGGAAUGUGCACACUUGUUUCAUGUGGGGUGCAUUGACAUGUGGCUCAGCUCACACUCUAACUGCCCACUUUGUCGAACUGAUAUUAUUGCUAAACGAGCACCGCAACACGUUGUUCCUCCUCCGCAAGAUGUUGAGGCUCCUCCUCCGCAGAAUGCUUUGCCUGCACCACAUGUUGUGAUACUGAUGCCAAGUGUUGGAGUAUGA